UAUUCGCUGUACUGUACCUUCGAUUACCUAUCUGCGAAUCAGUCCUUCGCGCGAGAUCUCGCAGACACUGCUACAACCUGUCGAUCAGUACUUAAGCGAAUGCGACACUCUGAACAUCAGCGAAUCACAAAAGAGAACAUAUAGUCCCUACGCACUCAAUGACGGAUGCGCUAUACGGCCGUACUCAGGUUUACGUCCGUAGCAGCGGAUCAGGUCUAGAGUGCGCUCCUAGCGUUUGGGGCUGUUGGCUACUUUUCUUGGGAGACGGAGAGAUUUCACGAGACGAUUGCGAGAUCGACACUCAAGUUGCUUUUUAAGGAUAAGCUUGGUUUCCACGGAGCGUGAAUCACGUGCUUAGCCCUCCUACUCAAUCUGCUUGUUGCUACAUGAUUACUAUAGCGUCUUGAGUAGCUUUUGAAAGAACCAUCGUUGCGCAUCUAUUUCGGCGUGUUCAUUAAUCGGGGGAAUAACAGUGCUCUCAGCACUCACUGAUCUGACUACAUGAUUUUAUCUCUUUACAGUUUGGAUGACGUAGAUCUGGGCAUUUUGAAUAGGAAAAUGGGCACCACAACCACCAUACUAAAAAUCCACCCGAGAGUUUUAACUACUCAACGGGGGUGCUACACGACGAAAUUCCCGCCAACACUGCCCAAGACCGCUGCAUUCCGCGUUAACACAUGGAGAUCAAAGGCCAUUGGCUCUUCAAGUUAAAAUAACCUUCAAAUGUCCGCUUCGCAUGACUAGGUGCCCCUUAAAUGGCCCCAAUCGUCGGGAUCUUGGACUAGCUACGCCACGGAAAAUGGUAUAUAUUCUCACUGAGAAACGGUUAUCAGGGUAUGUGGGGUCUUUGUGUCGCGCGAGAACUG